AUGUCCUCGCAGCUGAUCGGCCAGUUGCCAGGCGUUGUGGCGCAGGAGCCCGGGCGCGCGGUUCCGGCGCCCUCGGCGCCUUCGAAGCUCGGAAGCGGCUUAAAAGGCGCCUCCGGGGGCGAGACGCGCGGCGCCAGGGCCGGCCUCGCCUUGGCGCUGGCCUUCGGCCGCGCGAGGCUCACCCGGCGCUCCCAGCGGCGGUCCGGCGGCGCCCGCGCCGCAGAAGGCGGUGAGGCCAUCCAGCCCACGGCCACGGCGAUUGAGCCGUUGGGGAGUGCCGAAAUUGCCAGGGUGCCGGAGAACCUCUACGAGCUCUUGGGCGUGCAGGAGACCGCCGAUGCUGACGAGAUCAAGCACGCGUACUAUGACAAGAUGAAGAUUUGUCAUCCUGACAUCGCCGGGGAUGAUGGCGAAGAGAUCUGCAUUUUGCUCAACGACGCCUAUGACCUCUUGCAGGACCCACAGGAGAAGCAGGCUUAUGACAUCCAGCUGCGAAAGGAUCACAGCAAGCCAGUGCUGGCACCUGCGCCGGUGGUGUCCACUGACCUUUCGGCGACCUGGGCGUGGACCUCCAAGGCGGGCAACAAGAAGGCGAAGCCCACUUACAAUGGCCGGCCUUUGUCGCGGUCCCUGCACAACAAGGUCCCGCCAGAGGGGCAGGGGGACAAGUGGAGCGAUGAGAAGUUUGUGUUUGUGGAUGAGUGGACCUGCAUCGCUUGCCGAAACUGCUGCGAUGUGGCGCCUCGGACCUUCUGCAUCGACGCAGAUGCCGGGCGCGCCCGCGCGUUUGCCCAAUGGGGCAACACAGAGGAGCUGCUUGACUAUGCCGUGCAGGCCUGCCCCGUGGAUUGCAUCUACUGGGUGAGCCGUGAGGAGCUUCAGGUCUUGGAGUACGUCACCAGGGAUCGCCUCUACGAGAGCGGGAACACGCUGCCGUGCUCCAUGGCAGCCCGACAGGGCGCCGGCAGCGGAGUGGAGGAGGAUCCUUUCUCCAUGGCCGUGAACUUCCAGAACCGCCUUGAGGAGGAGGAGGAGCGGCGCCAGCGCGCCCAGGCGGCAGGUCCUUCCAAACCCUCGGAGAUGCAAGAGAGGAUCCGCGAGCUCUUCGGCAACAUGAGCGAGCGACUGAGAACCGCAGGCUGGGGCUGA